UUCCUCUCCUCCUCCGCAGGAAGCGGUGGGGCCCCCUCCGCGCCUGCCCCGUCCCCAGCCUGUGGUCAUGGAUCCCGGGGCCGGGCCUCCGCCUCCGCCCCUGCCUCAACCUCCCCUGACGACCACCGUCAACGAGCAGGUCAUCGUGAUGUCCAGCCACGAGACCAUCCGCGUGCUGGAGGUGGGAGUGGACGCGGCCCCGCCGGCGGAAGACCAAGGGAAGGGCCGAGCCAGCUCCUCCAGCGGCGGGCCCCCCGGGGACCCGGCCCCCUCGGCCCCUGCGGCCCCUGCGGGCUCCGUCUCCCCAGCGCUGUCGUCCCCCUGCGUCGUGAAGUCUCUGUCGGGGCUGGUGACCGGUCCCCUGCCCACCGCCGCUGCCACUUUCAGCCAAGCGCCGAGCCAACCCCAAGUCCCUCAGGCCCUGACCCCCCUGAACGUGCAAGCUGCCCCCCAGGUCUUGACUCAGGAAAACUUAGCCACGGUUCUGACGGGAGUUAUGGUUCCGGCAGGGGCAGUCACUCAACCUCUUCUUAUCCCCAUCAGUGUUGCAGGUCAAGUGGCCAAUCAGCAGGGGCUGGCCGUGUGGACAAUCCCCACCGCAACCGUGGCUGCCCUGCCGGGACUGACGGCCGCGUCCCCCACCGCGGGGAUUUUCAAACCGCCUUUAGCCGGGCUGCAAGCUGCCGCCAUUCUGAACACGGCCCUCCCGGGGCCGGUGCAGGCCGUGGCCCCGGCCCCCGCGGCCCCCCAGGCCUCCCCGGCCGUGCAGGCCCGGCCCGCGGCCCAGCCCCAGACGCUGUUCCAGCCCCCGCCGCCCUCCGUCCUGCCGCAGCCCGCCGCUCCCAAGCCGGCGGACGUCCCCACGCACAUCACCGUCCAGCCGGCCGGGUUCGCGUUCAACCCGGGAAUCAUCGGUGCCGCCUCCCUGGGGGGUCAGACCCAGAUCCUGGGCUCGCUGACCACCACGCCAGUCAUCGCCAACGCCAUCCCCAGCGUGCAAGGCAUCACGGGGCAGAUCCUCACCAACACGCAGGGCCAGGUGAUCGGGACCCUCCCGUGGGUGGUGAACUCGGCCAGCAUCGCCACGGCGACCCCGGCUCCCAACCUGCAGGUGCAGGCGGUCACCCCCCAGCUGCUACUCAACGCGCAGGGCCAGGUGAUCGCCACCCUGGCCAGCAGCCCCCUCCCGCCCACCGCCGUCCGGAAGCCCAGCACCCCGGAGCCCCCGGUCAAGAGCGAGGUGCAGCCCAUCCAGCCGACGCCCGCCGCCCCCCAGCCGGCCGUGGUCGUCAGCAGCCCAGCCCCGGGGCUCAAGCCCGCGGCCUCCGCUCCCGUCCCCAUCACCUGCUCCGAGACCCCCACCGUCAGCCAGCUGGUGUCUAAGCCCCAGACGCCGAGUCUCGACGAGGACGGGAUCAACCUGGAGGAGAUCCGGGAGUUUGCCAAGAAUUUCAAGAUCCGGCGGCUGUCCCUCGGCCUCACGCAGACGCAGGUGGGCCAGGCCCUGACCGCCACCGAGGGGCCGGCCUACAGCCAGUCGGCCAUCUGCAGGUUCGAGAAGCUGGACAUCACCCCGAAGAGCGCUCAGAAGCUGAAGCCGGUGCUGGAGAAGUGGCUGAACGAGGCGGAGCUGCGCAACCAGGAGGGCCAGCAGAACCUGAUGGAGUUCGUGGGCGGGGAGCCCUCCAAGAAGCGCAAGCGCCGCACCUCCUUCACCCCGCAGGCCAUCGAGGCGCUCAACGCCUACUUCGAGAAGAACCCGCUGCCCACGGGCCAGGAGAUCACCGAGAUCGCCAAGGAGCUCAACUACGACCGCGAGGUCGUCCGCGUCUGGUUCUGCAACCGCCGCCAGACGCUCAAGAACACCAGCAAGCUCAACGUUUUUCAGAUCCCUUAGGGGACCCGCCCGGCCCGCCCCGGCCCUCUCCGCCUCCUGCCGCUCCUGCGCCUCGGGCAGCCUCCCCCUCCUCCCGGGACCUCGUGUGGGUCGGUGGCACGUGGGGGAAGUGCUCCGGGAAGGCCGCUUUGGCCCCACGUGGCCUCCCACCCCCCGACGCGCGCACCCGCCGGAGCGGGGACCGUACCGCGGCGCACGCCGGGGGAGCGGGGUGGCCUCCCGAAGCGACCCCCGCUCGGAAAGAUCGCCCUCCGACCCCUGGGUGAGGGGCCGGGAUCCGUCGAAUCCCGUCCGAAUCGACGACCGCCGCAGGCCCCCGCCCCUGCUUCCCAUUUCCCACCUUCCCUGCUCGUUGGCGGGAGCGGGAGCUGCACGUGGCUUGAGGCCCCAGGCACGCCUGCCCCGUUCCAGGCCCAAAUGGGCGGCGUGUGCCCACCCAGGGGGACGGUGAGGCCCCCCGCCACAGAUUUGUUUCAACCGGUUUAGUCGCAUCCCCCGCGGAGCCGGCAAAGUGACUCGGAGGCCCCCGAAGAGAGGUUUUCCAAGGAGGAGGCCGAGGCGGUCCCUUCCCCUCGCAAGGGGGCUCGUGGCUGGUGAUGGGGGGCAGAAGCCCACCCUUGGUGGAUCACCCACCCCUCUUGCCCCCAGGCUUAGGGGGGCUCUUCCCCUGCCCCUCCACGCCUCUGCUCGCUCGGAAGGGAAAGGGGCAGGCCGCGUGGCAGUGGCCAUUCACACCUCCCCACGCUCAGCCUGGGGAGGGGAUGGACACCCCCAUUCCCCCCCCCCAAAAAAAAAGAGAUGCCCCAGGGAGCAUCGACAAGCGGGAUGCAGGAAGGAGCAGCAUUCCCGAAGCACCUUCGCGUAUUUACCUUCCGCCCCGAUCUGCCCGUCGGGACCAGUUGACCCCGUUGGAGAUUUAGUCUCCAUUUGUCAAAGCCGAAUUGACCUUUGGGGAGCCCGGACAGUGAGCCGGGACCUACGGUGAUAUCCCGGAUGCUGGAAGAGGGGUUGGGACGGGCGCCGGGAGCGGGAGGUUGGGGGGCAGGGUCCAGGGGGGUUUAUUGGGGGGCCCAAAGAGGGUCCCUGGAAGUCACCCCCUCUCCCAACCCCACCACGUUGCUUCCUGGACCCCCUCGUCCGCUCCUUGGACGAGGGUGGAGACUUGAGGUUGUGAGGAGGCCUGGGAUCGGUUUCCCAGUCCAUCUCUUUCCCCCCCAGCUCCGUGUUGUCCUGGGAUCCCGGGGGUGCGGGUGGGGGGAAGCACUUGAUGUAGUUGUGUGAAAUAAACAGUAUUUUUUCUUUUUU